AUGUCUAAACGAAAAGAUAAUUCUGAAUUAUUUUCAAAAGAAAUUCCAGAAUUUACUAACGAAUAUAGAACUAAACGUAGAAAUAAUGGACAUAAACAACAUGGAUUUGUAUCCGCAUUCUUAUACGACAAGCGUAUGAAUAAGUUUAUAUUUGAAUCACGCGGGCACAGCAAUUCACAGUACAAAUCUCAAGUCUCUCCUAUUGGAGGAAAGCGAGAAAUGUAUUUUGAGAUUCCGAAGAAAACGAUGAAUGAAUUAGAAACAGCCAAUGAAAUCUGCUUAAAGAUAAGCAGAAAGGAUGUCGAGAAAGUAUUCGAUGCUCCAGAUGGAUUUGAUACUGAACAUGUUGUUAAAUUAGAAAAAUGGGAUACGAUUACCGGUGAUGAUUUACUAAUCUAUGAUAAACAAUAUGAAAUGCUAUACAAACAGGAAGAUAUAUUUUUCGCUAUGUCAAGAGAAGUUUUUGAAGAAACAGGAUUAGAUAUCAAAAAGAUUUCCU